AUGUCUCUUACGUCUCAUCUUGAAUCGAAAUUUGUUCGUGACCAAGACAAGACGUUCAGUUUUACAGAUUUUCUCGAUCCACCAAACACAUUGUCGUCCUACGCUCAUUCGCAACAAAUCGAACUAUUCGCUUCGCGUAUGGCCUCUUUCAUUUCCUAUUCAUCUGAAUUCACUUCUCUGAUUGGUUAUAAGCCCGAAAUAAAAUUAUUAGCUGCUGAACCAGUCUUCAUACCAUUUGCUCAUGAAGGUGGCGUAUUUAUUCCGGUUACAAAUCAAGUUUGGUUCACAGCUAAUCAAUUACCGAUUCAGAAUACUAAUGUAAGUAGUGUCAAUCUCGAGACGAAUAAAAUAGAAUUGCUCUCCAUUCAACCGCCAAUUCUAACGCCGAACGGUCUUAAUUAUUUUGAUGAUUCAGUUUAUAUCUGUUCACAAGGCAAUCAGACAACAUCGGGCGCUAUCUAUGCUGUCAAUCCGACAACCCUCGUCAGUCGACUAGUUGUCAAUUCAUGGUUUGGAUUUCGACUCAAUUCUCCGAAUGAUGUUACAUUCAGUACAAAGAUCGGCGGCGGAAAAUACAUGUGGUUUACUGAUCCACAAGUUGCUUACUUGCAAGCUUUUGGAUCUUCACCACAAUUAGGCAGUUUUGUCUAUCGUUUUGAUUUGACCACAUCCGAAUUACGACCGGUUAUUACAGAUCUGAUUGUACCUAAUGGAAUUGCUUUCGAUCUCAAUGAAACGGCAUUGUAUGUGAGUGACACAGCACCUAGUUCACAUGGGGGCGGUCCUUACACGGUGUAUGCUUACGAUCUGAACAAGCAUGGAUUGCCAAUUAAUCGUCGUGUCUUUUCCGUUAGUUCAACGGGAAUUCCAGAUGGAAUCAAAGUUGACAAAGUCGGACGCGUAUGGACGGGUGAAGGCGAUGGAAUCAAUAUAAGAGACCAUCAUGGAACAUUGUUAGGUGUGAUACUUGGUCGGGAUUUAUGUCAAAGUGGGGUUAUUAGUAACUUUGCUAUAUUUGAUAGUACAGUGAUUAUUCUGGCACAAGAAAAGCUGUGGCGGUUGGAAUUAGCUGCUAGUGUGCUGUAA